GCGAGCGAGCGAGCGAGCGAGAGCGAGAGAGAGAGAGAGCGAGCGAUUGAGCGAGCGAGAGGAUCCCCGCGUCUCAAGUGAUUGGGACUGGUGUUCUGUCCCGGACUGCCGGAUCGGUGUGUGUUGUCUUCCGCGAGAAGAGCGCGGCUUUCCGUGGCGCAUGGAGAAAAGGUAUGAAGAGCUGGUGCAGUACCCAGGGUCAGAGGUCAUGCCCAUGGGGGGGUACGGCGAAGCGAUGAGGUCGCUACCGCCGCAUCACUAUGCCCAUGGCGUUCCUGACUCUCUCAAACACUACCGUGAUCAGAUCUACGGCCACCCUCUGUUUCCACUCUUGGCCUUGGUGUUUGAGAAGUGUGAACUGGCCACGUGCUCACCACGUGACUCCAGCUCGCUGUCAAAUGCGUCCCAUCAUCCCAGCAUGACGGGUCACAGCGACGUCUGCUCGUCUGAAUCGUUCAACGAAGACAUCGCGGCCUUCGCCAAACAGAUCCGUUCAGAGAAACCCAUCUUUUCAUCAAAUCCAGAACUGGACAAUCUGAUGAUCCAGGCCAUCCAAGUACUACGCUUUCACCUACUAGAGCUAGAAAAGGUUCAUGAUCUGUGUGAUAAUUUCUGUCAUCGCUACAUCACCUGUCUUAAGGGCAAAAUGCCCACUGAUUUGGUGCUAGAGGAUCGCGAGUCCGGGUCCAAAUCAGACAUGGAGGAUUUCACAGGUUCUUGCACAAGUCUUUCAGAGCAGAAUCAGUCUUGGUUGCGAGACACAGAUGACUGUUUGUCAACGCCGUCAGGCACCCCGAGCGCCUCCUGUGGACUUGCCACACACAGUGUGGACGCUUGCAGCGACGCUGGAGAUGGACUGGACGGAGCUGUAGCAUCUCCUAGCACAGGAGAAGAGGAUGAGACAGACCGAGACCGACGAAACAACAAGAAACGAGGGAUCUUUCCCAAAGUGGCAACCAACAUCAUGAGAGCUUGGCUCUUCCAGCACCUAUCACAUCCGUACCCUUCCGAAGAACAGAAAAAACAACUCUCUCAAGACACAGGACUCACCAUCCUUCAGGUCAACAACUGGUUUAUAAACGCCCGACGCAGAAUAGUCCAGCCCAUGAUUGACCAGUCAAAUCGCUCAGGUCAAGGUGCCCCGUACAGCCCAGAGGGAGGCGCGUUAGGAGGUUAUGGAUUAGAAAGUCAGCCUCACUUAGGCCUUCGGACAGCAGGUCUUCAGGGAAUGCCGUCUCUGCCUGCAGACUACCCCGGUGCGCUCUUGCCCCAGCCGGGUUACACCCAUGCGGCACCGUCGCUGCACCCAUACCCCGGCCCCCACCCUGCCAUGCUACUGCACCCACCCCCCCAUCCGCACUCCGCCGAGCCUCUAAUUGGACAAGGCCUGGACAUCCAUGCCCACUGAGAGCGGGGGAGGGGAAGGGGCCAACAGGAAACUGGGCCCACGCACUCCGAGUGCACUAGUUUCACCUCAGUAACACGACGGCACGAUUUCAUAAACUUUGUCAUGUUAUGACACUAACCCUUUAUAAUCACCGUCUUAAAAACUGACACAAAACCUUCUAUGUCUUUUUUUUUGUUACAUUACAAACUGAUAUCAGCGUCAGCACAGUGGUAUGGUUCAGGCUUUUUCCUACUGCACAAAUGACUGGAAAUUUUGCCAACACAAAACUGGAUCUGGAUUUUGCUCCAUCAGCCAAAGUGCUGGGCCAAAAUUUUCCAGCUUUAUAGUUAUAGAUAAGCAUCAACGAAGAGCUGAUGGUACUCGGGGACGAGCUGUUCAUGCCAUGCAGAGUAGUUAGUAGAUUUGCCCCACAUUGUGCUGUGCUAUUUCUUAACCCGUGCCAAUGUUUAAGUUUAAUUUUUUUUUUUUUUUAAAGUAUAAGCACAACAAAUUAUUUUUUUUACAAACAAAAGAAUUAAACAGAGGUUCUAAUGGUGUUGCAUAUGUCCACUGUACAACUCUGUUUUCAUCAUAUUUUUGUUGGCAAUCUGGUGAAAGUUAAUUAAUUUUAUCAUAGUGCAAAUUUAUUGAUUAGUUCUUACUGUUGAUGAAAUGUAAUAAUCCAUCGGCAAGCCUUUUCAGGCUCGUAAUUUCAUUCAUUUAAUCAUGUAUUCCAUGUUGAUUUUGAGCGUGGUGCUGUUCACGCUCAGAAAAAAGGGUACAAACAAGUGUUGUUGUUGCUAGGCUGGUGCAUCUUAUGUAUGUAUCAUUUACCUAGAAAGGUGCAUAUAGUGUAUCUUUUAUACUCAAAAACUAAAUACGGUUCAUUUUACAUACCUUAAGUCAUUUUAAAAGGUGCACUAUCUGGGUGAAAGAUACAAAAACAUGCACCCUUGGUUCAGGGUACCACUCCUCUGACAAAAAAAAAAGGUAGUUUAAUACUGAAAGUGUUG